AUGUCGAUGUACCGUUUCGUCAAAGACAGUUCUCCUUCGGGUACUCCGAAAAGACUUUUCGUUCAAGGAACUGUUCCCGGUUCUCCGUCGAGUUCCCAAAUGGGACCGCCGAUAGUGACAAGUUUUUCCGACACUGAAAAUCUAACUGCCGUUUAUACUAGAAAAAAGCUCUCUACAGAACUAUUAGGUAGUUCGUUCGAAUCUGUUAAAACUAGUAGGAACGGUGACGAUGGAAAACGAAGAAUUACGACGAAGAUUGUUAGGAAAGUGAUGACGUUGACCCGCGGUGAGGAACAGAGCCAAGCCGAGGAUAUGAUGAGAAGAGCUGAUUUGAAGAGUAUUGAAGGUGGUCAGGAGAUGACCGAGACUAGAAGUCACAUGAGUGCUAAAAGAGUUAAGAUUUCGGAUAUAGUCGUUGGUCAGGAACCCAACGUUUCAGCCAAGGACUACCUCCUCAGAUGGGCGAAGCGAACCACCCACCGCUACCCAGGUGUCAGCGUGACCGAUUUCACAAAGUCAUGGCGAGACGGUUUAGCCUUCUCGUCGAUCAUACACAGGAACAGACCGGAUUUGAUCGAUUUCGGAAAGGCUAGACAGCAAAGGCCAAGAGAAAGGAUGGAGACUGCAUUCUUCAUUGCCGAAAGAGAAUAUGGAGUAACAAGAUUGUUGGAUCCCGAAGAUGUCGAUACUCCAAACCCAGACGAAAAAUCGCUUAUCACCUACAUCUCCUCCUUGCACGAAGUCUUCCCAGAGCCUCCACCAAUCCACCCGCUGUACGACUCGGCAGCUCAACAGAGAGUUCAGGAAUACAGAGAAAUCGCUUCUUCUCUCCAUAUGUGGAUCAGAGAAAAGUAUUCGUUGAUGCAAGACCAUUCCUUCCCUCCAACCUUGAUAGAAAUGAAAAAAUUAGCCGCAGAAUCGUCGAAGUUUAGAACAGAUGAAAUACCACCACGACAAAGAGAUAAGAACUACUGCGCGCAAUUGUUUAAAGAAUUGGAGAAAUACUUCAGGAGCGUUGGAGAGGUUGAAGUUGAACCUGAGCUGCACAUUGAUAAUAUCGAGAGGAGUUGGCAGCGUUUGAUGGAAGCCUACCAAAUUCGAGAUAGAAGAAUCGCGGAGGAGAUCAAGAGGUUAGAAAAGUUACAGAGGUUGGCCGAAAAGGUUCACAGGUAUGUCAACUUUUUAACGCUAGAAACAUGUUUGUCUAUGCAGUCAUUGGAGAUACGAUCUCAAGAAAAAGAAAUCAAGCAAACUGAUUCGAAUCUAGACACAAUCGAACGAGCAAUCGAAAACGAAUCGAGAAGAAUUGAACGAAUCCAUCCCUUGGAAGCUAAGAAAAUUGCAGAUCAAAUAGACCAAGACUUAGCUACUAUUGAACAGAACAUACAAUCACUAAAGACCGACGUCAAUACGUUGAGGAACGGAAGGUAUCCUCAAGCUAGUGAUUUAGACAAACGAGUGAACAAAUUACACGAGAGAUGGGUAAAUAUGAGACAUUUGCUACACAAUAAAAUCGUCGGUCCUCUCGCAAAUUUGAGUUUCCCGGUUGAAGAAAGAACCGUAACCAAACAUAUUCGUACUGUACAGGAAACCCGAAACGUAGACACUAAUCCACAUUUUAGAACUCUACAGGAACAUAUCGAAUGGUGCAAAAAUAAAAUGAAACAACUUAAAAAGGCAGACUAUGGAAAUGAUUUGGCCUCAGUUUCUACAGAACGAGACAUUCAUCAAAGAGAACACAAGCAGAUCGACCAAUUCCAUUCCAAGGUGGAAGCUUGUGUAACAGCUCGUCAAUACUUCCAAGGCGAAGAACUUGUUUUGUAUAAUCAACUCUUAGGCCAGCUGCAAAAGAUCUAUGCCGAAUUAUUGUCAUUUAGUACAAGCAGAAUGACAGAUUUGGAGACCUUACUCGACUUUAUCCAAAGUGCUACAAAUGAGCUGAGUUGGUUAAACGAAAAAGAAGAAAUUGAAGUUACCAGAGAUUGGAGUGAUACUAAAUUAGAUGUUAGAGGUGUAGAAAAAUAUUUUGAGAAUCUUAUGAGCGACUUAGAAAAACGAGAAAUCCAAUUCAAUUCCGUCCUAGAAAGAGGUGAAUGCUUAGUUCUUCAAAACCACCCGGCUACGAAAGCUAUCGAAGCCCACAUGGCCGCCAUGAACGCCCAAUGGGCUUGGCUUUUACAACUUACACAUUGUUUGGAAACACAUUUGCUAAACACCAGAAAUUAUCAAGCAUUCUUCAAGGAUGUCCAAGCUACCGAAGAGUGGCUUAAAGAAAAAGACGAAAUCAUGAAUACCGAAUUUAGCCAAGGCGACUUCAGUCUCGACGUUGGCGAAAAACUUCUACAGGGUAUGCAAAACCUCAGGGACGAACUCAACAAUUUCGGUGAUCAGGUGCAAGCCUUGACUGCCCGUGCCCAAGAUAUAGUGCCUUUAAAACAACGUAGACAGCCCGUCACCAGACCUAUGACAGUAACUGCUAUCUGCAACUACAAACAGAACACUUUUGUAAUUGAAAAGAAUAAGGAAUGUACCUUGACGGAUAACUCUGGACGUACCAAAUGGCGUGUUCACAAUUCUAAAGGAAUCGAGUGUCAAGUUCCUGGAGUUUGUUUCGUCCUUCCACCACCAGAUAAAGACGCUUUGGAUGCUGCUGAUCGUCUGCGACGACAGUAUGAUCGGUCUUUGUCUUUAUGGCAAAAGAAACAACUUAGGAUGAGACAAAAUAUGAUCUUCGCUACCAUCAAAGUUGUGAAAGGCUGGGAUUUACCACAAUUCAUCGCCAUUGGCGCCGAACAAAGAAACGCCAUCAGAAAGGCUCUUAACGAAGAUGCAGAUAAACUUAUGGCCGAAGGAGAUCCAUCUGAUCCUCAGUUAAGAAGGUUGAGAAGAGAAAUGGAUGAAGUUAACAGGUUGUUUGAUGAGUUCGAGAAGCGUGCUAGAGCAGAAGAGGAAAGCAAAAACCAAGCAAGAAUAUUCAACACUCAGAUUUCCAACCUUCAACUGGCCUUAGAUGAAGCAGAGCGCAUCAUAAAUCAACGAGUAUUAUCACCACUUCCUAGAGACAUUGACACUCUGCAACACUUAGUUUUAGAACACAAAGAAUUCGAAUCGAGACUACAAAAUCUGGAACCAGAAAUAGAACAAGUCAAAGAUACCUUCAGAUCCAUUACGCUGAAGACUCCACAACACAAGAAAGAUUUAGAAAAAGUUUUGGACAAAUGGAAGUACAUUUGGAACACUAGCAACAUUUACAUUGAAAGAUUGAAAUGUAUCGAGAUAGUUCUAAAUGGAAUGGACGACGCCACCCAGGUUAUUUCCGAAUUUGAGAAGAAGUUGGCAUUAUUCGACGAACUUCCCAACACCAAAAAGGGAUUGGAGGAUGUUCAUGAUGAUCUAUUAAAACUAGAAUCCGCUGUCGGCCAGCAACAAAUCGCCAUGGACCAGCUCAACGACGAUUUCGACAACACCAGACGAUUAACAGAAAAGUCGAGACCAAACCAACGCGGUCCUCACGCCGAUGUCGACCGUUUGGAUAAGGAAAUCCAGAAAUUGAACAACCGUUGGAGUAACGUCUGCGCGCAGCUCGCCGAUAGGCUCAGAGGUUGCAAGCAAGCUUACGAUUUAUUAAAGAAUUACGGCGAAGCUAAAGUGAAUCUUCUCAACAGCGUAGUCGAGAGAGCUCCCAAGAUCGAGCAAGUCAACGUAAACGGAGGACGCUUCAUACGAGAGGGCAAGAGACUGGUGGAGCAAAUGCAACCACAACCGUUUAGAACGUUUAGGACUGAAUUCCACAUGAGCAGUGCCAGUGAACACACAUCUACCUAUACUACAACAACUCACUACAGUAAACAGUACAUUCAAACAUCAAAAACAGAAAAUGGAAAUGGAACUUCUCCAAAAUCCCCAGACGAUCAAAGAAGUAUAAGACGAAUAGAUGAAUCUGAUAAUAUUACAAAUGGUAGACCCCCCGAUAAACAUACUACGUUUACGCACAUUAUCCAAGAACCUGAACCGUGGGUAACCACCAUGCACUUCAACGAAAUAAAAUCGUUGAAACGAAUACACAGGGUGCAUGAGGGUAUUAGUACUGAUAUAAAUGACAUAAAUGAUAUAGAAGGUAUUUUAAAUCCGUACACUGGAGAGCGAUUGACUAUCAAAGAAGCCAUAGCAGAGCGAAUAUUAGAUGUUAGAACCGGUAAAGUAGUGAUAUCCACCGAUGGUACGCAGGUGUCCAUUAAUGAAGCACAAAAUUUAGGCAAAGUAGAUUCUACAAUAGCCGAAAGACUGCAGGGACCGUGCGGAAUAGCGGAGAACGGGAGAGAUCUGACGCUUUUAGAAGCCAUUCAACGUGAAAUUUACGAAGCAGAGCACGGUUUUCUAGACCCGUCCGAAAAACGUAUAAAGGGACUAGUAGAUGAAAGAACUGGUUGGGUUGUGGAUAGAAACUCGGGUAAUAAAUAUCAAAUUGAUGCCGCUGUUAAAUGUAACGUAGUAGAGAGUGACGUUAGGGAAAUCGUCGAUCCUAAAACAGACAACAAAAUUACCAUAUUACAAGCUUUAGAUAAUAAUUUAAUAAAUCCUAAAUUGGGAAAAUAUAUUCUAGGUCACGAAAAAAUUUCUUUCCUUGAAGCCAAAAGGCGACAAUUAAUAGUAAAGCCAAAAUCUUUAAAAGAAAUUAUAGAUGACAAUCUAAUGGACGCAGACGGUUUAAUAUUUUCCCCUACGCAUCAUACAAAGCUAACUCUAUUAGAGGCGGCAAAUCGUGGCGUAUUAGAUUUAGAUUCGCUUAAGACUAUUUUAGAUCUCAGAACAAAUGAAUACGUUACUCUAAGUGAAGCAUUGAAAGAAGGAAUUAUCUUACACGACAGCAGAUUUAGAAACUCCGUUACCAAUGAAGUCUUACCAAUUCAGGAAGCUGUAAGUCGAGGCUAUAUAAUAUCUGUAGUCAAAAAGUCCAUCUUUGAUGUAGAUGGCUUCCAACCGCCUGAUAAAACUGACCACAUUAGCUUCAAUGCUGCGAAUACUAAAGGUUAUAUUAGCAAAAAAUCUAACGGCAGUUUACUGGUCAACAAGAAAAACGGAAAACUUCUUCCAUUUUCGGACGCAGUCCAAUCAGGAGAAGUGAAACCAGAGGUUUAUGAAAACCUUAUUCGGCCAAUAGGUAUUGUAGAAAAUCAACAAGAGUUAACCCUUUUAGAGGCUGUUUUCCGUGGCUACAUCGAACCCAAAACAGGCAAUUUGCUGGAACCUUCAACUGGUAAGGUUGUGUUUUUAAAUGAUGCUAUAGCCCAGCAUUUUAUAACACCAGAAGGUGCUGCUUUAUUUAAUAGUCUUUUAAAUUUGAACGUUUCCACCAGAGUCACACGUACUCUAGUUCAACGAUACGUUACUGUUACUAGUCAAGAUGUUACACAAGAAAUCAUUACAUACACCGAAGCUUUGAGGUUGGGAUUGAUUAAUAACGAACAACAGACUUACACAGAUCCUCAGACACAUGAGGUCAUUCCAAUAGUUCAAGCUAUCAGCGAAGGAAAACUAGCCCCCGACUCUGAAAAUUCGGAAAAGAUAGUUACAGGUCAAGUAAUCAAGACUCCUACAGUAAGUACACCAACUAAAACCUUUAAUGAUAAGUGUGUUACAACUGACUUUAUUACGAACGAAAAGAAAUCGUUUGAAAAACAUAUUUACGCCUUGCCUUCUGAGGGAUUGUCACUUUCUCAGGCAAUAAAUCAAAAUCUAUAUGAUCCUACGCACGGUUUGUUCCUCAUUCAAGUCAGUAAAAAUAAACUACCGGUAAGUAAAGCUCUGGAAAAGAAAAUUAUAGAUUCAACGGGUCAUUAUAUUUCUCCUGAGGGAAAAAUAAAUAUGCAAGAAGCUAUAGAGAAAGGUCUUAUUACAUUUGAAGAAGUAAUGGACUCAGAUCAACCGGAUAAAACAGUAACAACAAUCAAAGUAGUAAGGAUAGAACCGAAUGUAAUAUACGAUCCAUCAUCACACGAUGUUACGUUUUUAGAUAAUAAUCAAUCGUCAGAUAUAGCCACUGCUUUAACUGAAAAUAAAAUUCCUCUCGAGAAAAUUACAAUCAAAGAUCCAAAUACAAAUAAAAUUAUUCCAGUUAGCCAAGCAGUUGAGCAAAACAUUGUGGACUUAAAACAAGGCACUGUUAUCGAUAAUUCUGGUAACAAGAUAACAUUGAAACAAGCUGCUCAAUUAGGUCUGUUGGCUGUCGUAGGUGCUCCAGUAGUUGCUACCAAGGCAACCAUAAAAAUAGUUAAACAUCUUUUCGUUACCGAUCCCAAGACUGGCGAACAAAUCCCUGCUGAGGUAGCCCUUGAAAAAGGUAUAAUAGACCAACCUACACUAGAAAAAUUAGAAGAACAAACUAACGCGACACAGCAGGUAGUUUCAGAUUAUUUGCCUACUCAGGGAAUUGCUCAAAUUGAGCCUUCCAAAAUAAAGACAUUAAGUACUGCCACUAUUAGCUUAUAUGAACAAGAUGGACCUUCCGAAGCAGAUAAAACUCGUGCUCGUAUAACGAUAGAGCCUAGUUAUAAAGUUAAAAUUGGCAGGGCUCAGUCACUUAGCCCCGAACGUGAGGCUAAGAAAGUUGUUUUACAAAAACUAAGGAAGAAGAUCGUAAAACCUAAAGACGCUGUUAGUGCAGGCAUUAUUGAUCCAGAAACAGCUCAAAUUUUGGAUCAAAAAAGUGUGUUUGUAUCUUCUAGCGGAGAGCCUCUUACCUUACAAGAGGCUUUAGAAGCCCAAAAAUUAGACGGAGAGCAAGGUAAAAUCGUAGAUCCUCAGCGAGGUGAUUUACUUACUAUAUACGAAGCCAUUGACCGUGGUAUAUUAGAUCCAGAUGGUACGAAUGAACUCUUAGUGCCUUUAAAUCGUAGCCUAUCAAUUCCUGAACUUGUGAAACAGGGGCUAUUAGAUCCCAGUAGUCAUAAAAUUGUCCAUCCAGAAACUGGUGCUCAUUUAAGUAUUAGUGAAGCAAUUGUCUGUGAUAUUGUUGAUCCUUUGAGUACUUUAGUAGAAAAAUCUGGCGAUAAAGUCACUUUAGGUAAAGCUUUAGAAAUAGGUGUAGUAGAUGACGAAAAAUCCACUGUUGAGACGAAUUCCGGUACUAAAGACUUACAAGAAGCUGUGAAAGAAAAAAUAUUUGAUGUUGAAAUACCUGCCGGACCAGUUGAGUUACCUCCCGCAGGUAUGACAUUCCCAGUAGCUGUGAAAAGAGGUCUUGUGGAUACUGACAAGAAAGAAAUUAUCCACCCUCUAACUAACGAAUCCAUUCCAUUAGCUGAAGCAAUUGAAGACAAUUUUAUUAUGACAUUACCUUUUCCCACUAGUCCCGAUUCUGUAAAGAUAGAAAAUGCCUUAGAAUCAAACCUAAUAGAUUCAAAGAAUUCCACUUUUAAAGACCCAAAAACGGGAGAUAUUUAUCCCAUUUCCGAAGCUGUAGAAAAGGGUUACUAG